GAAAUGUCUUGCAAGUAGAGGUCGCCCGUAUGCCGACUCAAAACGCUUUUCAGAGAGGUCUGAUUCCUGCAUACAGGGGUAAUUUGUACGGCAGCACGGAAACACAGCAGAAUGGCAGACCCGCGAGAUGCUGAGAAAUCAGUCACUAAAGAAGGUGAUGCUCAGAGAAGCGGGAGUGAUUGGAUUGACCAGUUGAUCCGCAAGUCCCAAGAAGCGAAACAAUUUGCAUAUUGUCCCUAUAGCAAAUUUCGUGUUGGGGCAGCCCUGCUUGCUCUGGAUGGGACUGUAUUUACUGGUUGCAAUGUGGAAAACGCUUGCUAUAAUCUAGGCAUUUGUGCUGAAAGAAACGCCAUUUCAACAGCGAUCUCGAAUGGCCACAGAAAGUUCAAGGCUAUUGCUAUUGCUAGUGAUUUAGCUGAGCAGUUCAUUUCUCCCUGUGGAGGUUGCCGUCAGGUCAUGAGAGAAUUUGGUACUGACUGGGACGUUUACCUGACCAAGUCUGAUGGUUCUUAUUCCAAAAUGACCGUGGGGGAAACACUACCAGUUUCAUUUGGACCUGAUCAUCUUGAAGAUUAGAGAGCAUCUAUAAUGGCCUUUAAUGCAAGUUUUGUAUAAUCUUCAUAGCCUUUCACAAUUACAUUAUCGAUCAACUACAGAAAGAAGAAAAGAAUGCAUAAAAGAAUGACGGAUACAUUAGCUUACUUAGUAAUUAAUAAGAAGAUGGCUUACCUUGAAGCACAGGUGCCAAAUAUGAUAAACAUUAUCAAUACAGUGUGCAUGAAAUAAUCUCGUAAUUAAUUUGCCGUACAUUGCCUAUUUACUUGGCUGGCUUAUAAAGCAACAUACUUUAUUCAGUAUUCAUACUUGUAUAAAAUCAAAAACAGCCCAGUGUCACUUUCAUCUAAUGAAGUAAUUAUGUGACCAAAUAUGUCAAUACGUAAUUGUUUUAAUAAUCAGAAAGGACUGCAAUAUGUUAGCUGGGUUCAAUGUCUAUGGAUAAUCACAUUUACAUUAUUACGUUGUCCGUUCAGUAUAUCUGAAUCACGCGUGCUCGUAUUCUUGUAAAUG